AUCAGCUCGCGCCGGAUUCAAAAUGGCGAGUGCUGUUUAGUUGUUUUUAAUUUCUGGUUCUGAAAACAACACACAUUAUUAAAUCUGAUCGGAUUUUCAGUCUUAUUCAACCAUGAGCGAUAAAAAGGAAACCGAAGCUCGUAAUUUCUUCAUGGGAUUUGAUGAUCUGAGUGACAGCUCCAGUGACUCUGACAAUGAGUCCAGCAAGAAGAAACAAUCCAAACCGGAGUCCUCCGGAUUACCCGAACCACAGAAUCGCAAACGAGCCGCCGAAGCGCUGCCGAAACCUGACGAGCUGUUCCGAUCCGUCAGCAAACCCACGUUUCUCUAUAACCCGCUCAAUAAAGUCAUUGACUGGGACCGAAGAACCGUGAAAGCGCCAGAAGAGCCUCCGAAAGAGUUCAAGGUGUGGAAAAACAACGCUGUACCUCCACCACAAACAUACGUGACUGAGGAGAAGAAGAAGGGACCUCCUCCCGGAAUGGACAUGGCCAUUAAAUGGUCAAAUGUUUAUGAAGAUAAUGGUGACGAUGCCCCCAAGGCCCACCAAGGCCCUGCCCGCUUCCUGCCAGAGGAGGAGGAGCCAGAACAGCUAGACUCUGACGACGACGAGGAUUCAGCGAAGAACAAGAACUCCGUGAAGAAACGGCGAGUAGAAACGUUUCAGCAGAAGGAGAAGAGAAAGCGAGACAUUGGACAGGCCACAUCAGAUAAAAGCUUUGUGGAAGAGGAGAAGAGGAUUCUCAGACAGAGUCUGGAGUGAAACACCUGUUUGUUAAGAUUAAACCUGGUUAGUUUAGUCUAAUGCUUGCUUGUGGGUCUUCACCAGUUCAGAUCUCUGGAUGUUGAGGAUGUGAACGACACCACGUAUAUGGGACAUUUUAAAGCCAUUAUUUCUUUUUAUUUAAAGAAAGUAAGUUAGAAAUUGCUUUUUAUAUUUUACAACAUGACAUUUGGAUGAAUUCUUGCAUGUCUUCCAAUAAUUUGUAACUGCUCAAAAUGAUAAAACUUCAUUUAUUUAAAA